AUAUUGUUAAAGCUAAAACGUAAGACUUAAAACUAAGAGAUGUGGGGAGCUAGAGAGAUGAUAGCUCAGCAGUCAGAGAAAGCACUGGCUGCUCUUUCAGAGGACCUGGUUGUGUUGACCUGCUUCCGUUCUCAGCUGCCACCUGGCUGUUCACAGCCACCUGUAUCUCCAAUUCUAGAGGAAUCUGAUGCACUCUCUGGCCUCCAUGGGGACUAAAGACAUAUGGUAUUCCUGCAUACAUUCAGGCAAAACACUCACACGUUAAAAAAAAUAAAGGCAGGCUGGAGAGAUGGCUCAGAGGUUAAGAGCACUGGCUCCUCUUCCGAAGGUCCUGAGUUCAAUUCCCAGCAACCACAUGGUGGCUCACAACCAUCUAUAAUGAAAUCUGGUGCCCUCUUCUGGCAUGCAAGUGUACACGCAGACAGAACAUUGAAUAUAUAAUAAAUAAAUAAAUUUUUUUAGUGAAUAAAUUUAAAAACAAUAAAUAAAGGCUGGCUAGGCAUGGUGGCGUGUGCCUUUCAUCCCAGCGCUUGGAAGGCAGGUGGAGCUCUUGUGAUUUUGAGGCUGUCCUGGUCUGCAGUGUGAGUCCAGGACAGCCAGGGCUCUGUUACACAGAGAAACCCUGUCUUAAAAACCACUAGAGAGGUAGGUAGAUAGAUGGAUUGAAAAACUACUAGAUAGAUAAAAAGGUAGGUGGAUUAGAUAGAUAGAAAGAGAGCGGCUGGAGAGAUGGUUCAUUGGUUAACAGCACACACUGCUCUUUCAGAAGAUGGGAGUUCAGUUCCCAACACCCACAUGAGGCAGUAACUCCAGUUCCAGGCAAUCCAGUGCCGCCCUCUCGCUUCUGCAAGCGCGCGCGCGCGCACACACACACACAUAUUUUUCAAAAUAUAAUAGAUCCUUAAAACUACAAAAAAAAAAGAAGAAAAAAUUUUGAACAUUUUGAGGUCUUUUAAAAUAUAAGAAAUUAAAGCAAAUCUUGAAUGGGGGGUCUGCUGGAGACGGCCUGCUUACUGGAGCAAUGGGUGCUUGAUGCUGUUGCGGAGGAGCUGGGUUUUCAGCACCACAGGGCAGCUCACAACUGCCCAUAACUCCAGCUCCAGGGGAUGCCACGCCUUCUGGUCUCCUUGGGCCCCUGCACUCAUGUGCACAUACAGAAUUAAAAAUAAAAUAAAUCUUAAAAAGAAAAUGUAAGAAAUGAGCCACACAUGUCAGUACACACCUGUAGCCCAAACCACACAGGAGGCCGAGACGGGGGGACCAUUUGAGCCCAUGGAUUUGAGACCACCUGAGCAUCGUAGUGAGACCCAACUCGCCAAAACAGAAGUACAGGGUAAAUGUAAGAAGUGGCAGGGAAACAGGAUUGAAUGGACAUCCCAGUUCUUUGGGAUUUGGCAAGAUGAAGGAGAAGUGUGGAGGAUUCAGCCACGGGAAGGAGUUAGGAAAGGAGUGAGCACUAAUAAAACCUUAAAUUGGAAUUUGAUACCAGGAUGAUCUCUUAGCUCUUUCUCACAACUCCAGUCUUUGUGUCAUUUCCACAGCUCCAGGCUCAAAACCCUGACUUGACCAUUCCAUCUUUGAACUCAAGCUCGUCAGCCAAUUCUCACAGGUUCAGCUGGUGCUAAGUUGUAUUUUCCUGUGUGUCUCCUUGCUAAGCCCCAAAUCUUUCUUUAGUCAUCCAUUUUCAUGAGUGUUUACUGCUUCCUAUUGCUUGAGUUCCACAGUGGUGUCCAUGCUUAUUCCUCUCCUAUCCUGUAUGUUCUCUGGCCCCAAUGAUCCAAGCAUUGUAGGUAAUUACUUUGGGUGUGCCUUCUGCUUUCAAAGAAGUGUCCUUUGACUGAACCAUCCUGCCUCUCCCUCCUGCCUGUGAGGUUCAGGCUUUGAAUGCAGCUAAAUUGAAUGAGCGUCCCCUUGCUGCUGUCCCUGGUGUUUUCACUGCAUUGUCUCCUUUCAUCUGUGCUUGGCUGAGGCCCACCAUCUUUGGACAUAAUUCUGCUGCUGCUGAGCCUUGACAGCUGUACAGUGUUUUGGAUUUGGGGUAUGGUGUCAAGAUUCCUGGCGGCUUUGAGCUCCUCUGCCGCAGGAGCCUUGUUUUAGAGCCUUCGUACUCUGCUUCCUGGUAGCGUGAAGCAGCAUAUAUUAAAUGUUGGGUGUAAUCAGGCCCUUGGAAGCAGCGGCAUAGUAUCACAGAUUAGUGUUGUUGAGCAGAGAGUAUGAAUCAUUAAAGUGAUUUGUACUUUCCUGUUAUUUAGUAAGUACAUUCUCUCUCAGCUUUGCCAAAUUGGAAUCUGAAAACUUCCUCUCGCCAUGGUUCCAUUUAAGCAACAUCUACCCUUUCCAGAUUUUUUUUUCAGGUUAAUUCUGCUCUCUUGUAUCUGCAUGCCUGUCUUCCCGUGUCCUUUUUAUUGGUGGGACUGUUGGCAUUUGUCACUUUACCUAAGGCUUCCGAGAGAGCAUGAGCUCUCUUGAUUGCUUGUGCAUUUUUCUGGGGGUUGCACAGAGGCUCUAGCUUUGGUUUCUGCUUUAGUGUUUUGUCAGGUCCCACUAGCCUCUCUUCACACGGGGAAAGGCACUAUCCCAUCAUCUGCUUUCACCCUCCUAUGACAGCAUUCUGCCACUGCUGAACUUGAAAUGAUCACCUAAUUGUAGCUGGCAUUGCCUCCAGGCAGCUGGUUUUCUCUCCGUUCCUUGAGGUGUCCUUUGAGUUAGGAUGGCCGGUGCAAGCUGUUUUCUGCCUACCUGUACCCUCAUGGCUCUUCUGUUGCUAGAACCAAACAGUACCCGAGGCUGUGGGAAAUCAAACAGCAGAUAGGACCCUUUCCACACAAAGUCUGGAUAUAGAAAAAAUGCUGCUUAGUCAAGGAACAUUACUGAGAUUAAAACAAGCAAAGCUUACCACAGAUUGUAAAGACAUUGCUUCCAAGAGUCACUGUAAGUCCUCUGGACUCUUCUGCUCUCUGCUCUCCCCAGACCCCAUUCUCUGCACCCACAUGGGUCUUGCCAUGUAGACAUGCCACCUUCGUCUAUGCGGGUCACUGCCUGGGGUAAGCAUUUUCUCAUUCACUCAGCAGAUGCUUAUUGAACAUCUGCUGUGCCCGACUUUCAGCUAGGCCAGCUACAGAAGUGAGUAAGCAAGGCCUUAGCCGCCCUCUGCGAACUCUACCUUAGUGGGCGGAGCAUGUGUACACACCUCCCACACAUGAUCACUGGGACCACAGAAAGGUGCUGGGGAGCUCCCAAUGGGGUUCCGCUUUUUUGAUUAGUGUGUGUAGACUCCCUGCUCCAGACUGCCCAGCGCUGCGUCCACGGUCCUCUCUAGCAUCACCUCAGGCAGCUGGCGGUCUCUGUUCCUCUUCCCACUAGAGUGAGUUAGGGUUGACUCCUUUAAGCCCGGAGGCAGGUUGGUUUCGUAUUCAUCUUUGGGUAUCCCCUAGUGCCUGUUACAGUAUUGUGGUUAUUUUUACAUUAAUUUGUAUACUUGUCUUGUUCCAUACAGAUAAAUCUAGUACAAUGUAUAAAAUAUAAAAUUGUAACUGAAGAAAUUAGCGCUGAAAUAAUUGUUGAAGAGGAAACAGAUAAAAGCAGAUGUGAAACCAGUUGCCUUACAUAAAGCCUUAGGUGGCAAAAGAUUCUGUUGUCUCCUGGACAAAAUCUGUAUCUUUUGACUUGGUUUCCUGGUAUCUAGUACAAAAAAGGAAACUGCCAAAUCUGUGCUCUAUGAAAUGUGCAUAGUAUGUGAUAAAAAGAAAAUCAGGGGCUGGAGAGAUGGCUCAGAGGUUAAGAGCACUGCCUGCUCUUCCGGAGGUCCUGAGUUCAAUUCCCAGCAACCACAUGGUGGCUCACAACUAUUUAUAAUGUGAUCUGGUGCCCUCUUCUGGUGUUCAGGUGUACAUGCAGGCAGAGCAUUGUAUGCAUAAUAAAAUAAUAAAUAAAUCUUAAAAAUAAGAAAAUCAGGCGUUGGUGGCACACACCUUUAAACCCAGCACUUGGGAGGCAGAGGCAGGCAGACAGACCUCUAAGUUUGAGGCUAGCCUGUUCUACAGGACGAGUUUCAGAACAGCCAGGGCUACACAGAGAAACCCUGCUCAAAAAACCAAAAACAAAAAGUAAUAAAAAGAAAGCGUAUAGUAGUAGUUCCCAAGGUCAGAGAACUCUUGGAGCAGCCUAUGGUGUUACAUAAUAGUUCCUGUCCAGAUUAACAUGGCAUUCCUAGGCUGUUUCCCGGGUUUCUCCGUAGAGUUAGUUUGCCAGCAUCUACAGAAAGCGGCCUCUUGGGUGGGCGGCAGCCCAUGCCUGUGAUCCUAGCACAGGGAGGAACGGAGGCAGGUGCAGCAGGAAUUUAAGACCCAGCCUGAGCUGCAACAGUGAACUCAAGGCCAGCUUGAGCUACGUGAGACCCGGUCUCAACACACAAACCAAAAAGGCCACCUCCUUCCUCACCUGUGGGAAUUUCAGAUUUCCUUAUAGUCUCCUGCAAACAUCUAACUCCUUGCCUCUUUAGGAAAUAGAAGUCUGUUAUCCACAUUAGUCUGAGACCCCCAGUCUCUUACCUCAUCAGUGAAGAAUAUUUUACCUUGCUACCUCAGUUUUUAAGCUUAUAUAAUAAAGACACCCUUUUCUCAUAUAUAGCUAAAUUGCACUAUUUACUCUGAUUUUCAGUUUGUUUUGGGUGUUUCCAGCAUGCUUUUACCCACUCUCAAUUAAGAAUCAUUCCUCUAGAGCCAUCACUUUAAUUGUCCCAUCUAUUUGGAUUGGUAAACCGGGUUCCAGCUUUAAUUCAAGAAGUCUAGUUAGACAAAUUUAUAUUUAGAACUUAAUGUUAGGCAAGUAAAUAAAUUAGCGGACAUCAAGCUUUGGUCAAAGCUCUUAGUCUGACAACUUACUUAAGCCAAAAACAGGAUGCUGUAGAAUUCUUUUCUCAGAACUGGUCAAGAAUUGAGGUGCACACCUUAAAUCCUGCCGGCGCUUGGGAGGCAGAAGCAGAUCAAGCUCUUAAAAAAAAGAAAAAAAGGAAGAAGAAAGAAAGGAAGAGGGAAGACGCGGGUGCAGCAGCGUCUUGCUUGGGGACCAAGCUGUCACAGGCACGUUGACGGGGCCAUGCUCUCUUGCGUGGACAGUCUGGUCUCACUAUGAACAAGUGAACAUUUCUUGGCUUCCGACUUCAGGCUUUGCUCCUCCUAGGAUCCCACCAGCUACUCUACCAAAAGUGCUUUACAGUUAGAGCAAGCUGCACUCUCCGGUCUUUUUCUGCAUUUGCAGUCUUUAAUGAAGUCGCGCAUGGUGUGCUUCUACCCCUGCGUUUUCCUAGCUGUCCUCAUAUUUGCCCUUCUCCUUUCCUACUGCGCCCACUGAGCUUUCCCUUCCAGGAUCUUCUUCAGUCUCUGUCCAGCGUUAGCCUGGUGAUAGCCACCUUGCUGGGCUGGCUGCCCACACGGACAGUUGCGCCAUUAGCCUUUUCUUGCUGCACCUUUUCAGUGUAGAUGGCUCACUUCUUUCUAUACACCAGGACCGCCUUGCCAAUCUGCUGGCCUUUGUAGUGUCCUCAGACAACCUGCACUUGGUCAUUCCUUGGAAUGUGCGAAGAUCAAAUGGGCAUUCUCCUUCUGUUUCAGCUCUUUGGGCAGAGGGGAGGACAUCAUGUUCUGAGAGUAAGGGCUGCACUGAAAUGCCGUGUAUUUACUUCAGUCAGAGCUCGCAGAGGGGACUGGGCCUUACUUUGAUGGCUGCUGCCCCCGAGAUGGCUACAAAGGGAAGAGCUCUUGUUCGCUAUCCACCAAGCCUCAGAGUAGCCUCCGUUCUACCUGGGAGAGAACACAGUUUAGGAGUUUGCACUGUGUCUUGGCAAGGCCUGUGCACAAAAGUUCUGCUGUUCUCCUGCUGCACCGAGAGCCAUUCCCUAUCCUACCUUUGGAAGUUGAGUGGGCCAUUGCAGAAAACCUCGGUUUGUAAAGCCCUUCUCUCCCACGGGUUUGCUCAGACUCUCAACUCUCUUAGAAAUGAUGAGAUUCUCUAUCACAUUCCCAAGUCCGUAAACCUCUUUGAACAGUCAGGGGUGUGGCACAUCCCAGCACUGGAAAGGUUGAAGCAGGAGGAUUUUGCCAGCCUUGGGCUCCACAGUGAGUCUUAGACCGUAAAAUCCAAAAACAUUUUUAAAACCCUCUGUGGGGUUGAAGAUACUGCUUGAGUUAUAUAACUGUCAUUCAUAUGCAUAUCCUUAAAUGCAUGACUGUUACAUGCAAAUAGUUAGGAGCCUUGCCCGUGCUGUGCACUUGCAGCGCUGCUUGGCACCCUGAGCUCUCGGUGGUCAGCAGAGUGGCAUGUUCCUGGCUUCCUGCUGUAGGCAGGGACCGUGUGUGUCAGGUGGAGCUAGUCUUCUGAUCUGUGAACUUGUGAGAACCCAACUCAAGGCCUCGGUCAUGCUCAGAGCAAGGCAGUGAAACCAGAGAGGCAAGUGCUCCUUGAGAACUCAGAACUCAUCUUGCUUCUGAGAUGAUGGCGUGAGAAAACAGAAGUGCACAUGUUAGGGAGAGCUGCAUCUGUUCUCACAGCUUUGGGCGCGUGAGGCAGUGCCCCAAAAGUGUCAAGACAGACCCGAAGCCUGACUCCAGUGAAAUGUCUGGGCAAGGAGCUUAAUCUCUGAUGUGAUGCUCACCGUUUAACGCAGGAGAGAAGCUUGUUAAGUGAGGUCCUGCAAGCAUUUAAGGAAGGCAGCGCUCAUCAAAUACUAUUUUCCUUGCUUUCUACAUCCAUGGACCAAAGAGAUAGUCUGGGAGUGUGAUGGAUGCAGAAGAGAGAGAGGCGGCCGCAGAGGGAAUGAUUAUUAUGAGGAGGUGAUAAGAGCUAUAUCUGAACACCAUGGCUAAGCUGUGACAAAAAAGCAGGGAGGUGUAAAUGUCAGGUUGGGGGUGAGAACCGAGGAGACUGAAGGGAAAAGCCAGGGCCAGAAAUGGACUGUCACUGCCCCGUGUGCCACAUUGCAGAACCUCAGCGUCACAGCCUCAGAACGCUUCUCUGAGCCUGGGAGAUGGCACAGUAAAGUGCUUCCCAUGUAAGCAUGACGACCUGAGUUCAAAUUCCCAGCAGCAUAUAAAAGGCCUAGGGUGUUGGCAAGCACCUAAAAUCCCAGUGCUGGGGAGCUGGAGACAGGAGGAUCCCUAGGUUUGCUGGCAGCCAGUCUUAAUUAGUGAGCUCCAAGUUCAGCAAGAGAUCCUGCCUCAAAAAAUAAGAUGUGGACUGGAGAGAUAACUCCUUGAGUAAAAGCACUUCCUGCAGCAAGGCUGACCUCAGUUCAGAUGCCUAGAAUCUAUGUAGUAGAAACAUGUAACACAUGUGAUGAGUGUUCCAAUGGAGAGAUGAGAGGUGUAGACAGGAGAAUAACCCAGAAGCUUGUGGCCUGCUAAACUGAACUACGUGGCAGAGCAGCAAAAACAAGAGAGACCCUGCCUCAAACAAAACAGAAGGUAAGAACUGACCCCUGAAAAUUGUCCUGGCCUCCACAUAUAGGUGUGCGUGCACACAUUCUCAUUCUCUCUCUCUCUCUUUCACACACACACACACACACAAAGGUGGAGCACGAUUGAAGAAAAUGCCUAACAUGCUAACCUCGGCCAUCCACAAGAAUGUCAAAGAUCUCCCAGGAUGGUGAUCCAUAGGACUGCUGGGCCUUGCUCAGCUAGCUAUGUCUAGGAGCAAGGACAGCAAACCAAGGAUAGUGACUCACACCUGUAAUCUUGAUACUUGGGAAACUGAGACAGGAGGAUUGCUAUAAGUUCCACCUUAUCUCAAACAUAACAAAAAGAUUGAUAGCAGGUGCCAAUUUGGGGCCAGACUAUGAGGUUCUGGAGUGGCCCACAAGUAUUCCGGGAAAGGAUCCAAGACUUCAGAACCCAUUCCAUCAGACACCACGUGACCUACUUUACAGUGAGAGGUUGAACUCUUGGGAGCAGGGAGUUACUGUCCUCCCUGGUCCCUCCCACAGUGCUCCAAAGGUUGGUGUGCGGUGAACAGUUAAAGGGGUUGGAGCACAGAUCUGCCCCUGCUCAUUAAGCGAUGUGACUGAAGGCUCAAGCUGUUUUCCACGACCAGUCAGGACAAGCUCCUCAGGAAGACAGUUCGGCUCCUUAACUAAUAGCUGUCCUUCCCGGCAGUGGUGGUGCACACCUGUAAUCCCAGCGCUCGCUCGGGAGGCAGAGGCAGGCAAAUCUCUGAAUCCCAGACCCUCCGGGGCUACACAGAGAAACUCUCGGUCAAAAAGAAAAACAAACCACAAAUAGUUACACUGAAUGUAAAACUAUUAAAGGUAUAGGGGCAUGGGUAUUUCUGUUUUACAAUAGAAGAAAGUGUCAUCCGGCCCAGUGCUCUUUCCACUGCCUCCUGCCCAGCUGUGAUAGGCCAGGCCCUCCAAAGGGUGCCACUGCGGGAGACAGCUCCUCGCUCCCCUUCCCCAUCAUUCUAUGCCCAUUCUGGGCUCAGAACUUUUCCAGGCUACCCAGAGUGUGCUACUGAUGAGAGAACAGGCGGUACAAGCAAGGCUCUGAUCCCUUGAGACAGAGGAGGUGACAGGAUUCUUUUAUGGAGUUCCUCUGCGGGAGGAUGCCAAACACCCAGCUGCCAAGAGCAGGGCUUCUUGCUCCACGUUAUCUUUAAGGAGAAGCUUUGAGGGGUGAUGUAACGACAGGAUGGCAGAAAGCCAGCCGUGUCGGCAGCCAAGGAGGGCUUUUGAGAACCACCUUUGCUGCGGGGCGGUGCCACACGCCAGGUGGCUCACGAUUGCGGUAGGUUUCUGCGAGAAACCCCAGUGAGGCAGUGCCCACCGCGGGGCUUGGGGGCGGAGCCUCGGGGGGCGGGGCGAGCUCGGCUCCUCCCGCAGGCUCCGCUCCAGGCCCUAGUUUAAAAGGCUGGAAGGCGGGCUUCAAGAACUAGUAUCCUGAGAGUGCCAAGGAGCCGGCUUGGCACAGCCAUGACCCGGCAGGCAGGGGGCUCUUGGCUGCUCCGCGGUCUCCUGCUCUUCGCGUUGCUCGCUGCCGGCGUCGCAGCCUUCAGCUGGGAUCUCCCGGAGCCCCGCAGCCGAGCCAGCAAGAUUCGAGUGCACCCUCGGGGCAACCUCUGGGCGACUGGUCACUUCAUGGGCAAGAAGAGUCUGGAGCCCCCGAGCCUGUCACUGGUGGGGACGGCACCCCCCAACACCCAGAGGGACCAGAGACUGCAGCUGAGUCACGAUGUGCUCAGGAUCCUCCUGCUAAAGAAAGCUCUAGGCAUGAACCUCAGUGGCCCAGCCCCCCCCACCCCAGCACAGGAGCCUGCUGGAGCCAAUACUGCAGAAGUGAUGCCAGCAAUGAAACAAACGCAACACUCGGCUUAGAAUGUGCCCAUCCAGGGAAGCUGCUGAACGGAAUCCUUGCAGUGGCCCCAUCUGGAUAUAAAUCCUAAACUGAAGUGUGUUACUGUGAUUUCUGGUUGGGUCACCAGGAAUGUUGACGAUGCAGACACGAAGUCUUUCCUACUGUAUUUCUUGCUUCCCUGGUGAAGUCGUGAAUAAAAAUCCUGCUCUUUAC